AACGGUCGCGCGCAUAGUUCGAGUUUUAUUUGAAUCCGAGUACAGAGGAGCAUCGCGCAGGGGGUGGAAACACGCAGAAUUAUGUAGCACGUACAAUGGCGAAUUCAUCUAAUCUGCCUGAUUUGGCGUCCAGUGAAUUAUCAGAGGCUUCCAGCGGUGCAUUGAACAAUCGGAGUUUACGAGUGGCGGAACAUCUGAGAAAGAAGGCCGAGAACAAGCCGUUCGAGCUCGCGCUGAAGUAUCUUUCGAACGUGCAGGAAGGUACAGUUGUUCGAGGCAAUAAUGAACUAGAAAAGAACUUGGUGGUGGUGGAGACGGUUGCUUUCCGUCAAGGUCUACCACCAGAUGCGAUCUCGCAGCUUCUGGACUUGGCACUUAGCCUCCGUGCAGGAGGAGUGACCUGUUUACGGAUUUUGAAGUUUUUGAUCCCUGCUUCAGUAGUGCCCCAGGAAGCCAUUGUACGAAGUGUGUCUUGGCUGUGUGUGGGAAAAAUGAACAUUAAUGCUCAGGUCCUUUUUCUCCGCUGGGUUCUUACCGUUUUUGACCUAAUUGACUGUAAAGACCGGCUGAGAUCCAUUUAUGGCUUUAUUUUCAGCUUUGUGACUGAAGAAAAUCUGUGUCCUUUCGCCUGCCACCUGCUGUACCUUUUAACAAUGAAGGAGCAUGUGCAGCCAUACAGAGUGAGAAAACUGAUGGAUAUUCAGGCCAAAAUGGGCAGGCAACCCUUCCUCAUGCAGCUGCUUGCUGUGUAUAAAGUGUUUCGGCCAGAGCUUGUGACACUCUCUGUGCCAUCAAGAAUGAGGGCUGGCUUCAAAAACUACAAUUCCACCUGGAAAGCAGCUCUGAGUGCAGUCCAGAAGAAGAACAGGCCUGAAGCUAUGGCUGAUCUUAGUCUCAGUUUGGAGCUGAAAGGCAAAUCCACUUCCAGAAAAAGGAAAUUGCAUCAUCUGGAGGUUCCUGGCUUGAGCUCAGCAUUUGACACCAGCUCUGAUAGUAAGGUCUUCCGUAUGCAGGAACUGCAAUCUUUUGCCCAGCUGCUGCAAAAUAUUCACAACAUAGAGCUGCCAGCUCAAAUGGGUUCUCUGCUCGGGUCGUCUUUAGCCCUGCACUACCUCGACUGCGUACAGGAUGAGUCUGCAUUUCUGCGCCUUAAUUUCUGGCUCGGGCACUCUCUUCAAGAGGAGUUUUUACUAUGUCCUGAAGAUGGGGGUUCAGACAGCCUUUCUGAGGCAUCUGCAUUCCUGACUACAAUCCUCUCCUCACAACAGUUUCUUCAGGAGGGUUUCUUAAGCACCGAGAGUUUUCUCUACAAGUUCCUGAGUGUGUGGGAUGGCUCACUGCUGCGCUCUCAGAUUUUAGGUCUUCUAAGCCACAUUCCCCCGAUGUCCAGCAACUACAUCAAAACGCUCGUCUUUGAGCCACUGAUUCAACUUUACUUCACUUCUAACGUGUUUUUUAAGUGCAGUGUCAUUGAGUGUCUGAACAGUAUGCUGCUUAGAUGGCUGACCUGCCAUUUUGUCAAUCGUCUCGAGGACUGUGCAGACUUGAGCGUCAACACCAACACCACAGCCAGAACUAUGAACCUAUCUGGGUUUGUAGAUACAGUUACAGAGCUUGUGAGCUUUGUGGGACGCUUGGCUACUGAAGGACUGCGUCUAGAGAACUGCCACAUCCUACUCCUCAACCAUACACUCAACUUCUAUGAGACAGUGUGUGAUAUGUUGGUAAAGUAUGAGCUGCCACUCGUAAUCAUGCCCCCAGCUGGUGUAUUUUAUCCAGCUCUGUUUGCCACCGACUCGCUCACUGUGGAUCGUUUGGGUUAUAUCAUGUACAGAUACCGGAAAAAUCUGACCUUGGCAAAAAAACAGGAGCAACAAAAUGGGCAAACCUUUCACAUAAGCAGAGCAACUUACCAAGACUUCAAUAAACAACUUGUGGUCAUGGUAAGCUGUCUGUGGAACUCAAAAUCUUUCUCACCUGGCACAAGCAGUGAGAUUGAUGAGCACCUGCUUAUCCAGAGCAAGGUACCCAAGUACAGGUGUUGCUUCGAUCUUGUUCAUCACCCAGCCUUCUUCAAGUAUGCCAUCGAGUUUCACCAAAAGUGUUGGCCCGAGAGGACGUGUGUGGAUCUGGCCUCCAUAAAGGUUGGAAGAUACUGGAGCUGGUAUGUGGAGUUUCUUUUCUGCCAGGGCUUUGAUGGCCUAAAUUACUUCAUCCAGGUCAACACAGGACAAAGCAGCUCGUCCAGCUCUAGUUAGCUGUGAGUCAGGAGAGUUGAUGCCUUGAGGAUCAUAUCUUACCUGGAAAGCUGCACAGAGACAAUAAUUGUUUGUUUGGAAGGUCAUGUACAUAUUUUAUGGUCUUUUCUUGAAGACGUGUGGAGAAAACCACUGUGGAACUGUGUAUAAAAGUCGAGAAUAGAAUGUGUAACUUUUUUUUUUUUUCCUGCUUUGGUUUUGUUCUUUUUGCAAAAUAUAGCUUUUUUUUUUUUUUUUUGCUUCUGCUCUCUAACUCUUAUUGCACAUGUACAUUUUUAUGCAUUCUCUAAAUGAUUGCAGUGUCUGAAACCGCUGCCCUUUAUUUGAAUGUGCAAAGCACAAGUUCUUUCAAACCAGUUCAUUGUUUGCUUUGAACUCUUGAACAGUAAAAUAUGGAUGUUUUGAGCUUUUA